AUGGCCGACUCAUCUUCAGCUCCCAAGCCCUCGAGCAGCGUCAAGCUUGUGCUGUUGGGAGAAGCCGCCGUCGGAAAGUCAUCUCUAGUCCUGCGCUUUGUCAAUAAUGAUUUCCAAGAGAACAAGGAACCCACCAUUGGCGCGGCGUUCCUUACCCAAAAGAUCUCCCUUCCCAACCGAAUCAUCAAGUUCGAGAUAUGGGAUACCGCAGGCCAAGAACGCUUUGCCUCUCUCGCCCCCAUGUACUACCGCAACGCGCAAGCUGCGCUCGUCGUGUAUGACCUGACAAAACCAACCUCGCUCGUGAAAGCCAAGCAUUGGGUGGCGGAAUUGCAGAGACAAGCUUCACCAGGAAUCGUCAUCGCCCUUGUGGGCAACAAACUAGAUCUGUGCGCCGAAUCGUCCGGUGACGACGCGGAUCCUUCUCAAGAGUCGUCCUCCGCAGCAGGGGACGAAGGCGACGCCAAUACCUCUGAACAGGCCGAAGCUGAACCCUCUGAAACCGGGGAUGCAAGGAAAAUCUCUACACGAGAAGCCAAGUCAUAUGCAGAGGAGGAAAGCCUGCUAUUCUUCGAAACGUCGGCAAAGACCGGUACGAACGUCGCGGAGGUGUUCUCGGCAAUUGCGAACGCCAUCCCUGAGACAUCGUUGAAGGGAGCCCGAGGAGCCGCUGGUGGUGGAACACAGGCAGCGUUGUCGGGUGCAGCUCAACGUGCGGAGGAAGCGAGGGUGAACCUGGCAGACAGAGGAAAGCAGCAGAAGGACAAUUGUGCUUGUUGA